AUGGGUUAUCCAAAUGCUGAAUUAUUUAAUAAUAAUGGUCCAAAGUAUAAAUGUUUUGAAGAAGAAAAAAAAAUCAUUUCUUUAUUAGAUUUUUUGGUUAAAGAUGAAUAUAUUAAAUAUAAUAUUAUAGAUGCUUUAGAAACUAUAAAAAUAUUAAUGGUUUUAAAAUUUUCAAAUGGUUCGUUAAUUAACACAACAAGUAGUAAUUUAUUUUUAAAAUUAAAAAAUAUUUUAUUAAGUGAAGAAAAUGAAGAAGACUUUAAUAGAACUAAGUCAAAUCUAUGUUGUGAUUCAACAUCACCAUUAAAUGAUAAUAAUUCAUUAUCAUUAUUUUUUAAAGACAACAUCGAAAAUACCUUAUUUUUAAAAUAUUUCAAACAAUAUAAUUUCCAAUUUAAAAAAAAACCUAUAUAUUCAUCAGAUGAAUUAAAUAAAGGUUUCUUAACACAAACAGUGGAUUUGAAUAUAUUAAACGAUCAAAUACCAAGUCCUUAUGACCUCUUAAAGGAAUAUGUAGGCCAAAUAGAGAUUUUUUUAAAAGAGAAGGAAAAUGUACAUUCAAUUGUUUUUUUAGAUUGUUUUAAUUUUAAAAGUUUUGACCAAAAAUUAAAACACACAAUUGAAAUGUUAGAUUAUUUACAAUUAAGAGUUUUUAUCGAACAACAACUACUAACUUCACAAACACCAUCUAUCAACCAAGACACACCAAAAGAAUUAGAACAUUAUUCCAGUUUUUCAAAUAACCAUACUGUAAUAAAUAUUAAUGAAAAUGGAUCAUAUUCAUCAGCUAGUUCAUAUAAUUCUCAAAAGAAAGACCAGGAAACAAAAAGCAAUAGUAAGUCAAAAAUAAGAUUAUCAAUUUUCGAGAUUUUAAAAAAAAGAAAAUCAAAUUUUUAUAGUACCGAAGAUAUUCCAUUUGAUAACUAUAAUGAAAGUUGCAAGGAGGAGAGUCCUAUGAAAAAUAUAGAGCUUUCUGUUAUUUCAUCCCCAUGCCACACCCCAAACUCUCAUUUUGAUACAUAUGAAGAAGCUCCCCCACCUUAUUCAGAAAUAGAUAAUCCCAAUUAUUGUUAUACAAAUGAUUCCAAUUCAAAUGAAAUUUUACAAGACUGUGUAGUGCCAAUAGAAGAAUCCGUCUUCGAAACUCUUCCAUCGUAUGGAUUCACAAAUACUGACAAAAUGAGUGAUAUUAAUACAUUAAAUAUUGAUGAGAAGUUCUUUGAAAGGUACUCAGAUAACCAACUUAUAGAAGAUGAUUUAAUUAAUAAAGAAUUGGUUCAAAUAUUAUAUAACUUUAGAAAAAUACCAGACUCAAUUGGCCAAGAUAUCGUUUCACAAUUUAUUUCAGAGAUUGGGGCAAUUAAUAUUUUAGAUGUACAUUUACCAUCGUACCUCAAUAUAUUAAAACUUUUAAAAAUCAUAUUAAAACCUUCGAAAUCUCCAUUUGAAGAAAGUAAUAAUAGAACUUACCAAAUAUUUAAUUCUGGUAUUAUUGGGGCAUUAACAAAUAUAAUGUCAAAGAGAAUAGGCUAUUCAACAGACAACCCAGAUUUCUAUAAUAUUCUACAAGAAAUAGCUAAAAUUCUUUCAAAUUACUUGGCACUAUCAGUACACGAGAAUCUUAUUGUCCAUAGUGAAAUAGCUAGCGGAUUAAUACCAUGUUUAAUAUCAAUUCUUGAUAUCGAUCCAUCUUUAAAAUACUAUAUUUUAUUAGCUGGUUUCAUAACUAAACUAUUCGAUCCAUCCCAAAAAUGCUUAAAAAAAUUUAAAAAAAAAUUUACAAAUAACACAGAUAUUUUUUAUAUUUUAUUAUCAAAUUUCUUCAAAAAUAUAAACAAUUAUAAUAAAUCUUUACAAAUUUUGAACAUUAUUGUUUUUUUAGCAAAGAUUGAAAGAAAAAAAUAUAAAGAGGUUAUUGAAAUACUAGAAAUUCAAAAUCAAUUAGAAUUCAUGAAAGAGUUUAAAAAGAUUUAUAAAAAAUCUAAAUUAAAAAGGAAAGAUUUAAACAAUUGUAUUGAAAGAACUUUACAACUAUUUAAUUAUCAAGAUAGUUAUUAUUUAAAUGACUUCACACAAGAACAAUUUGCUUUUGAAGAAGUUCCAUCAAAUGAAUACAAUCUUAAUGAAGAAAAUAGCAAUAAUGAAUUUUUUGAUCAAGACUUUAUAAAUGACCACAGUGAAUACCAAAAUCAAAACGAGGAAGAUUAUUACAGCGAAGAAGACAUACUCAACGACCAAGAUUUUAAUUUAUAUUCGAGUAAGGAAAUCCAAAGUUUGUCUAUGAAUGAUCCAUGUAAUGAUGGUUUCUCUUGGGAAAACUUUUAA